UAUCUCUCUCUCUCUCUCUCUCUCUCUCUCUUUCUCUCUGAUCCUGCGUGUUUUACCGACGCCUGUCCCGCUGCCGCGCGCUCAUCACCGGAGCCGAGCGGAAGAAAGACUCGAGUCGUCCGUGAUCUCCUCAAUCAGGAAAUAGCGUUCAGACGCGCCACAGCCGUCGCUUCGUGGAGCCGCUCUCUCCGUUAAACCGAUUUUUUACCAAGUAGAAAACUUUUUUUGUGUUCGGGGAGGAGAGAUGCGGUCGGUAAACAGCCUGGCCGAACCGUAAACCCGCGAACAGAGCGUUAAACCCAGCGGACAGAACCGGAGAAGCGAGAGACAUCCCUCAUCACGGUCCGCUGUUUCUGACCGACAGACGGCACACAGACUACUGAAGAUGCUGGAGUGGGUGAGUGAAGUCUUCUGGCAGGAGCGUCUGUGGUUCCCCGAGGGUUUGGGAUGGGCUGAUCUGGAGGACCGUGAUGGCCGGGUCUACGCCAAGGCGCGGGAUCUGUGGGUGGCGCUGCCAAUCGCCGUCCUGUUUCUCGCAAUUCGACAGGUCUUCGAGAGAUAUGUGGCUACACCACUAGCCUCUCUGCUGGGCUUGAAGGAAACAACGAGACGACAAGUUACACGUAACCUCACACUGGAGUCCUACUAUUGCAACACAACUAAAAACCCCAGUCAGAGCUCAGUGGAGAAGCUGUGCCUGCAGACGGGAUGGACGGAGCGCCAGGUCCAGCGCUGGUUCAGACGCCGCAGGAAUCAGGACAGACCCAACCUGCUCAAGAAGUUUCGUGAGGCCAGCUGGAGGUUUGCCUUUUACCUCCUCGCCUUCAUCGGUGGUCUUGUUGCUCUAAUAGAUAAACCCUGGCUGUAUGAUCUGGAGGAGAUGUGGAAGGGCUUCCCUACUCUGACGCUCCUGUCGUCUCAGUACUGGUACUACAUGCUGGAGCUGGGCUUCUACACCUCUCUCCUCUUCAGCGUGGCGUCUGAUGUCAAGCGUAAGGACUUCAAGGAGCAGAUCAUUCAUCACGUGGCCACCAUCAUGCUCAUCAGCUUCUCCUGGUGUGUUAAUUACAUCCGAGCGGGAACGCUCAUCAUGUUCAUGCAUGACUCGGCCGACUACCUGCUGGAGUCAGCUAAGAUGUUUAACUACGCCAGGUGGAAGAACGCAUGCAACUACAUCUUCAUCCUGUUUGCUGCGAUCUUCAUCGUCACGCGCCUCAUCAUCUUCCCUUUCCGGAUCAUGUAUUGUACAUGGGUGUAUCCCGUGACCCUGUACCCUCCGUUCUUCGGAUACUACUUCUUUAACGGGCUGCUGAUGGUCUUGCUGUGUCUGCACAUCUUCUGGGCCGCGCUGAUCAUUCGCCUGGCCUUCCGCUUCCUGAGCAGUAACUCGUCGGUAGAAGACGAGAGGUCCGAUCGAGAGGAGACGGACGAGUCAGAGGAAGAAGAACACAUGAAAAACGGAGAGAUAAAGAAGACCAGGCCAGCUCAGAACGGCCACGCUACGUACAACAACAACCACUCUAAGAAAACAGAGUGACGUCGAGAGAGGAGACACGUUCAGAGACCUAGAGAUUCUUCCUCUGCUGAAGCAGAACAGAGACGGGAGAAGAACGGGAUCAAGUGCUGUCUACACUACAGACCAACACACACACACACACACACACACACACACGCAGGGAGCAGUGCUGCCUUCAUUAACACACGCUUACAGGAGCAGAUCACCUAAAAAUCAGCCUCAUUUCCUGGCGCUGUUCCAAACGUCUAGUUAUUUAUAGCAGAAUGUCCAAAGCAGCUCUUCCCGUACGAUAUAAAUCAAUACCGAGCACGGCGGUCACGCUUCCAGUCUCAUAUGGACUGCUUUCAUGCUUCGUUGUGCUUCCUAGCGCCGGAAACCCUGCUUUCACUGAAUGGAGACAGCCGUGGAACACAAGAAAAACACAAUUCAGAGAAAAUGUCCGAACUGUGAGACAUAAACACCAAGAUAGGUCUUUUAAACGUGCGUGGGUUUCUCUCUCGAUUCCCGAUAUUCUGGUUGCCUUUUUUGUUUCUACAUUCUGCGGCAAAGCAGUGGAAAGCAGAUCAGAUAUGAAGCCAAACCUGCUCCUAAAAAGGCCUUACGAGUAAAUGAUGACAGAUUUAGGUGAUCUGUGCCUUCUAACAGUGCCUUCCUUAGCCAUUCUUUGCUCUUUUUCAUGCCUUGUUUUUCGUUUUUAAUUGAAAAAACUGCUCUCUUUCCAGAGUAUACCCAUCCAUCCUAUAAUGAAUGCAGAACACAUCUGAUACCAAGUGGACCGGUUUGGUCUCAGUGCGGGUCACAGCCAUGUCUCACAGAAUCACUUUCAGGUUUCUGAACGCAUCGGCUGCAAGCGAAGUCUUUCGCUUAUUCAUAUGACUGGAUUUAACCCACACAUUGGGUUUCGCUCACGGCAUCGGUCACCAAACACUGGUUGUGUGUGAUGAGUAUGAACCCCAGAAGUAACUGAGCGCACCUUUAAACGAGGCCAGACACGACUAGCUUCUUAACAAACCACCCAUUCACUGCCAGUCUUUUGAUGUUAAAGCCGAACAAACACGCACGGGCCAGUUGCAGCUCGUCCGCUGAUUCUGAACACUCUCGAGCUGCCUGCCAAAGAUUGAAUGAAUGUCGAUGUGCUGCUGAAGACGUCUCGAUCUUCUCUGUGGCCAGUUUCCUGUUCAGACGCUCGGACUCAGCUGCUUGGUCUGAAUCAUUCCUCCCGUCGCUCUCCUCUGGACUUCGUUUCAGACGCAGUCGAGUCGAUUACAGUGUUACCUUUAUUUUGUAUUUUCCUGUGUUUUGUAAUAUGAUGAUAUUAUGGAGGAUGUUAACAAUAAAAUACUGAAUGUAAGCCA